CCCAACUUCACCUCGAGCGAAGAAACAUAAUCAUCUUUUGCUUUCCACUCUCCGAUCCCCCCCUUUACUGCAGAACAUACCGCUGCUAGCCCUGGUAAGUCUCAUUCUUCUUGAGUCUUGCUCCCCGCAGUCCGCUUCCUGUCGGCCUUGAUGACGAGCAUGUCGUCGCGCCCAUCCGCCCGAUGAGGGGCAGAUUUGGUCGUAAUGCAAAGUCCACGAGCUAACGUUUUUUCUCCUCGUUCCCACCCGCAGAUCUAAGCAUCGUCAUACUUCACCCCAAAACCACUACUUCGCAAAUCUCAUCAAUAUGUCUUCUGCCGAAGCUACCGAGCCCAAGGUCGAGGAGACCAAGCCCGUCGAGACUACCGGCGAGGCUGAGAAGCCUGUGACCUCCUCCUCCGUUUUCUCCAUGUUCGGAGGUGGUGCCAAGAAGGAGAAGAAGGAGGACGAGGACCGCGGUGACAACUCUGGCAGCGCAAAGGCCCAGCGCGAUGCCGCAAAGAAGGACGGCGAGGAGGAUGAAGCCCCCGAGUCCGAAGAUGUCCACUUCGAGCCCGUCAUCAAGCUGACGGAGAAGGUCGACGUUGCCACCAACGAGGAGGCCGAGGAGCAGCUUUUCAAGAUGCGCGCCAAGCUUUUCAAGUUCGUCAAGGAGACCACUGAGUGGAAGGAGCGCGGCACUGGUGAUGUCCGCCUGCUCAAGCACAAGGAGAACGGCAAGACCCGUCUCGUCAUGCGCCGUGACAAGACCCUCAAGGUCUGCGCCAACCACUACAUCGUUCCCGAGAUGAAGCUGUCCCCCAACGUCGGUUCCGACCGCAGCUGGGUGUGGAACGCCGCCGCCGAUGUUAGCGAGGGUGAGGCUGAGGCCGUUACCCUGGCCAUCCGCUUUGCCAACUCUGAAAACGCAAACCUCUUCAAGGACUCUUUCCUGAAGGCCCAGAAGGACAACGAGGAGCUUUUCAAGGCCGCUGAGGGCGAGGCCCCCGCCGCCCCCGCUGCCGAAGAGUCUUAGAUUUACCACAACCUCCCGAUUCCGUGAGAAGAUGAAGAUGGAAGGCCCAGCACGCCGGGCUGUCAUCAAAACGGCCCGACCCCCCCUGCAACAACACCGAAACUAGCACCAUUGUCAAACUUGUUUUUACACCCCCCAAUACGAGGCAGGCUGGAUCACUUCGGUGAGGAGAAGCUGAAGAGUGCAAGAAAGACUUGCACCGAGUGGUGUUUGUUUUGAGCAUUGAUACGCAGAUGGAUAGCAUCAAGGCUUAGGAGCAAGACACUCUACACAGCACAAAUCAACAAGAAUAAAGUCCCUUCUAUAUUGAUUAGACGUUCCAGUAGGAGAGAUAGACGCGCGGAUGAAUCAUACCCCCU